AUGUCUUCGACUCGGGAAUCAUCCGCGACUCAGAAAUGCAGGAUCUCAAAAGCCUGUGAGGCAUGUCGUUCUCGGAAAUCUCGAUGCAAUGGAGCGACACCAUGCUCAAAGUGCAUCGAAAAACCUUGGGGCUGUGUAUACAGAGCGAAACCUCGUCAUCGCCCCAAAAAGACUCAGCUGGGCCAGGAGCCGAAUUCCCUACCAUCCGCAUCCGCCGCGCCAGUCUCGCACAUGUCGUCUCAGCCAAUGUGGGAGGGACUGAAAGAUCCCGCUUUAGCAUUUAGCAGUGUGACAGCAACACACCUGGCAUCCCCGGGUCUUAUGAUGCAAUUGUAUUAUGGACCAACAUCCCAUUUCUCCUUGAUGCAAACCAUCUAUCAGGAUCUCAUCCCAGGUUAUGGUCAGGGGCUAGCCGGUAUGCCAGCGACCGGAGUGGAAGAAGAAAAUACAGGAUUAGACAUGUUUAAAUUUCGUGACAUUUUCUUCGGAAUCUCUGACAGUGAUGCUCAUGCGGAGACUACAAGCUAUGGAAGAAAGCUUGCGUCACCAAUCUUUGUUCCAUAUCCAGUGGCUAAGGCUCUGCUGUUUCGAUUUUUGGAAACACUAUAUUAUCUGAUGCCAUUCCGGCCCCAAGAGGUUUACCAAAGAGACUUGUAUGAACUCUAUCAAUCGCCAUACGGACUUGCAAGAGGAGCUUCAGGGCAUCAGGUGUUGCUAAUGGCAAUCGCCAUCGCUGCACUCAACACUCAACAUUACCGCCUCGCGGACAUUUUGUUUGAGCUUGUAAACAGCCAAUUGGCAACUAUGACAGAGAUUGUCAAUCUCGAGAUGGUCCAGGCAUCACUCAUCAUGAUAAGUCUCGACUUGUUUCCCACCACGCUUGAUCAGACAUUGUUAACAUAA